UCAAAGAAUUUUUUUUACGUAUUUGUUUCCCGGACGAAUGGCUGGAAAAGCUGUAAAAUCUGUAGCAAAAGCAGUUGGGGAAUAUCAAUAUCCAUGGCAAGAAAAGUUGGUAAAAUACAAGGAUGAGCUUUCAAAGGGAGUUUCGGGUUACUGGGAGCUUGGAGCCUGGAAACCUCUGGGGAUCAGUGCUCGCCAUCAAGCUCGUCUCCGCAAGGAAGUUGUUCUUGCUGGACAAGAUUGGCCAUAUGAUCCAGCGAGAAAGGAAAUGAGAACAAAGCAGAAAGGGCACAAGUGUGACAGAAUAUCAGCAGAAAAAGGGGCAAAGACAGCUGAACUGAUGCAAAAAAUGCCUGAAAUGUUGGCUGAUUAUAGGAAGAGAAAGUGGGAAAGGAAAAUGAAAGCAGAAGAAGAUGCUGCCAGAAAAUCACUGCAAGAAUAGAUUUCCUGCUCACUU